AUGACAUGUGACACAAAAGCACUGCUGAUUUUCUGCGAAGACGAUGAGAACAGCGUGGUUGUGCGAGAGAGAGACCUGGUUGGAAUGAUUCCAGGCCUCAAAAAGUUUGUGACAAGUCAGGUUAGUCCUUCUCAAAGAUGGUUCACAGUGCAGUAUGUAGGAUCCAAACUGGGAGCACAACGGCUUCGUCAUGACAACUCCGUUGACCGUGCCAGCUUCAAAAAGAUCUGUCAAAUUCCUAUUGGAAAACAUUCGGUGGUAUACUCCGCCGGAGAACGACUCUCAAAACGGACGAUACUGCGAGGCGAAUGACAUGUCGAUGAGCGAACUAUCACAGAUUCUCGAGGUAUGCAUGUACCUAAAUCCUCGGUUUUUAUUUUAGUGGUAAAUUUUCAGUUGGCCAUUCACUGGGAGUGCUAUGACUUCGCCGCUUGUAUUUCCGCCGCAAUGAAGUACAGAUCGGAGAAAAACGAAGUGGAAGGGACGGUUGAGAUCAUAAAUGUGGAAAUGGGAGAACAUGACAAAGUAGAUUGGGACGACAAUGACGUCAUUUACGGUGGUCACGAAAACUGGAUCUGA